GACACAACUUGAUUUUUUGAUGUGGGAUGUGAAGGCUCUCAAGUGAACUGGUUGUUGCCGUUUUUUUGUUGAGCCAUGCAGAAGUGUUGGUUUGAUCACAAUUUACGGAACAGGACCAAGGAAGAAACUCAUAAAACCACACGAGCAACUUGCCACUCCAUCAACAACCAUGAUGAACUUGUUCCAAUCCGCCGAUAAUACCUCCGACCGAUCUAUGGGUUCGUCCGCGUCGUCCUUAUCGUCCUCUGCCAGCACUAGUAGUACCAGCGCAUCAUCAUCAUCAUCAUCAUCGAGCAGCCGUCGCGUGGGUUUUGAAAAUGAGACUUGGAUUUACGAAGUGCGCCAUUUGGAAACGUACACGGAGCGAGAGAAAAAAUCCAUGUGGUACAGUGAGCGAGAAUUGUGCAAACUCCGCAAAAAGAUUCGUAAGUUUGUCGAAUUGGAAAAAGACCUCGAUGAAAGCGUAGACUCUUGGCGAGGACUGGAAUUCUUUGCCAACAAGAAGAACAAGAAACGAUUCAGUCGAGAAGAAGCCGCCCUUUUGAGCGACAUGCGAGCGGCUCAGGAUUGCGCCGAAGCCUACAUGAUUUACCUAGAAACCAUGGAUGCGGAAUUUGUCAACUCGUGCUUUCACAACUAACUGAGGGAGCAGUAGUACCCAAGCCAAAACAAGAACAAGGAAUUUGGCUAGAAACAAAAGAACGGGACAGCUAACUCUCAUCACGAAAGCAAUGAAUGCAUAAUAAGGGGAUCAUAAUAACAGGAACAAGUUUUGCUACAUACCUACAGGCACACUUUGAC